UUCAACAGCAGCAACAGUUAGUCAGACACCUCGGUAGCUUGCAGGACAAAAUAGACGAACCAAUAAAGCUCUUUAGACGCUUUGGUGUAUAUUAGCCAUUGUGUUUUAAACACACUUCUGUCGUCUAGUUAGUUAUCUGAUUUAAUUUCAUAUUUACAUUGUUAUUGGACAGCUAGCUGACUGGUUAAGUUAGCUUUAGCCUAGCUAGCUAACUAUUAGCUAACAUCACCGACCAUGAGCUCCCUGCGCUACUCUCCUCCUGUUGGAGACGAGGAGGUCUGCUGGACAGAGAAAGAGGGUCGGUGGCUGAACAUUGUAGUGAAAGAGGAGGAUGUCACAGUAACAAAAGUGGAGGAUGUUACAGUAAAACAAGAAGUAGAGGGUGAGGAUGUUGCAGUGAAAGAAGAGGAAGACGCGUUCAGAGUGAAAGAGGAGGAUGUUACAGUAAAAGAAGAGGAAGGAGAGAUAACUGUCAUAUUGGAAGAAGAAGAAGAAGAGGUUGGGGAACUGAUUAAAACCAGAGAGAGACAAGACUAUCGUGGAUCCUCUGGGGAGCCUCAACAACAUCAUGAUGCUGACGAGGCAGAGAAGAGUCUUUCCAGAGCAGAAAACUUCAAGAAACCCCAGCAGAGACCCACAGGGAAGAAAUAUCACCACUGCCCGGACUGUGGGAAGAGUUACUCAAGAUCAGAUUCACUAAAAGUACACUUGAGAAUUCACACAGGAGAGAAACCUCACUGCUGCUCUGACUGUGGGAAGAGAUUUACCUCUUCAGCAGACCUGAAAAGACAUGAGAGAAUCCAUACAGGUGAAAAACCUUAUAGCUGUAAUCAAUGUGGGAAGAGUUUCACAACAUCUAGCCAGCUGACUAUACACCAGAGAACACACACAGGAGAGAAGCCUUACCACUGCUCUGACUGUGGAAAGCGUUUUCUUAAGUCAGGACAUUUAAAAUCACACCAGAGAACACACACAGUAGAGAAACCUUAUAGCUGUGAUCAAUGUGGGAAGAGUUUUACUCACUCAAGCUGCCUGAUAGUACACCAGAGAACACACACAGGAGAGAAACCUUAUAGCUGUGAUCAGUGUGAGAAGAGUUUUGUUACUUCGAGCCGUCUGACUAUACACCGGAGAACACACACAGGAGAGAAACCUUAUGGCUGUGUUCAAUGUGGGAAGAAUUUUGUUACAUCUAGCAGUUUGAUUACACACCAGCGGACACACAGGAGAGAAAUCAAUGUGGCAAGAGAUACUCUGAUAAAAAAUCUCUGAUUUAACUAUCAGAAAAUACAGCCUCCCCGAGUGGCGCAGUGGUCUAAGGCAUCGUAGUGCGAGCUGUGCCACUAGAGAUCCUGGUUCAAGGCUCUGGGCUGAUGGAUUCCCAGUUUGGAAAGAGGGUUCAGUCAGUUUGGGAACCUAAUUGUGGAAAGACAUUUUCUUGGACACAGGACCUAAAAUAAGACAAUAUAGAUGCUGUGUUCUGACAAGUUUUUGACUGAGAAUGUUGUUGAUGCCUGAAAACACAUGAGAGGGAACACACAGUAGAAAAAGCCUUUCCAAUGUUCCACUAUGUUGUUGAUGCCAUGUGAUGUCAUGUUUGUAUGAAAAUCUUACAAACUAAAAAAAAAUAGGCCGAGUUGAGUUUUUUCCUCUCGAGACAUGAUCAUGUCUGAAAUCAGAUUAAUAUUUUAAAAAUGUGUAUUUUAUUUUAUCUUGAUUAUGGAUUUGAUUGAAUACAAGUAUGAACACUUUAGAUGUUAAUGAUAUGAUUUGGAAAGUUGUAGAUUUUAUUAAAUAGAUUUAAUAAAAUGUGUAUUUCUUGAUACACCCCCAAAGGGCCACGUCGUGACAGUGUACUAGUCACGAUAUACACCCCCAAAGGGCCAUGUCAUGACAGUGUACUCGUCACGAUAUACACCCCAAAGGGCCACGUCGUUACAGUGCACUCGUCUUCAAACUAAAGGUGUAUGAAAAUGUGUUGACGACGUUCUGAUAACAUUGAAAAUAGAACAUAUUAAUGACGUUGAUAAGAGUUGUUGACAUGAAGAACAUAUUAAUGACGUUGAUAAGAGUUGUUGACAUGAAGAACAUAUUAAUGACUUUGAUAAGAGUUGUUGACAUGAAGAACAUAUUAAUAACGUUGAUAAGAGUUGUUGACAUGAAGAACAUAUUAAUAAGAGUUGUUGACAUGAAGAACAUAUUAAUGACGUUGAUAAGAGUUGUUGACAUGAAGAACAUACAGUGCCUUGCGAAAGUUUUCGGCCCCCUUGAACUUUGCGACCUUUUGCCACAUUUCAGUUGCAAAAUUAUUCAGCCCCUUUACUUUCAUUGCAGCAAACUCUCUCCAGAAGUUCAGUGAGGAUCUCUGAAUGAUCCAAUGUUGACCUAAAUGACUAAUGGUGAUAAAUACAAUCCACCUGUGUGUAAUCAAGUCUCCGUAUAAAUGCACCUGCACUGUGAUAGUCUCAGAGGUCCGUUAAAAGCGCAGAGAGCAUCAUGAAGAACAAGGA